UUUUUUCCCGGAAAAUUCCUGUUGAGAUAUCACACAACAUGGGAAUCUCCAACUCUAACUCUGAGGAGGACACAACUUCCCAGCUCCUUUUUCCUCAAGAUCCAACUUCAAACCCAACCGCCAUUAACGCCCCAAAAAAGCUAGCUUUACUGCCACUCGUUUUCCUCAUCUACUUCGAAGUCUCCGGUGGCCCGUAUGGCGAGGAGUCGGCCGUGGGGGCAACCGGACCCCUCUUUGCCAUUCUGGGUUUUCUUGUUUUCCCCUUCAUAUGGAGUAUUCCGGAGGCUCUCAUAACAGCUGAGCUCGCCACUGCUUUCCCUGGAAAUGGUGGGUUUGUUAUUUGGGCACACCACGCUUUUGGACCCUUUUGGGGUUCUCUUAUGGGAGCUUGGAAGUUCCUUAGUGGGGUUAUCAAUUUGGCUUCUUACCCUGUUCUUUGUGUGGACUAUUUGAAGCUGGUUAUACCUAUUUUGUCAUCUGGGUUUCCUCGCUAUGUUGCCAUUUUUGUUUCGACUUUGGUGCUUUCUUUUUUGAACUAUACUGGUUUGAGUAUUGUUGGUUACACUGCUGUCACUCUUGGGAUUGUAUCACUUUUGCCAUUUUUGGUGAUGACCCUUUUUGCAAUUCCCAUGAUUGAACCUGUUAGGUGGCUCAGUUUGGGUCAGAAGGGUGUGAAGAAAGAUUGGACAUUGUUCUUCAAUACCCUUUUUUGGAACUUAAAUUUUUGGGACAAUGCUAGUACUUUAGCUGGUGAAGUUGAUCAACCCCAGAAGACAUACCCGAAGGCUCUUUUCUCUGCUGUGAUUCUCUCUUGUUUUGGUUACUUGAUACCUCUCAUGGCUGCAACUGGUGCUAUUCCUCUCAACCAAGAGGAUUGGGCAGAUGGGUAUUUGGCCACUGUAGCAGAAAUGAUAGCUGGGAAAUGGUUGAAGAUUUGGAUUGAACUUGGUGCUGUUUUAUCUGUAGUUGGAUUGUAUGAAGCCCAAUUGACUAGCAGUGCAUACCAGGUGUUGGGAAUGGCAGAAUUGGGAUUCUUGCCUCGGAUUUUCGGAGCUCGGUCCCAAUGGUUCAACACUCCUUGGUUGGGAAUUCUGAUCUCAACAGUAGUACCACUGGUUGUUUCAUACAUGGAUUUUGCAGACAUAAUAUCUUCUGCAAAUUUCUUGUAUAGCUUAGGAAUGUUAUUAGAAUUUGCUUCUUUUCUGUGGUUGAGAAGAAAGUCACCAGAAGUGAAGAGACCAUUUAGUGUCCCAUUGGGGUUUUCAGGAUUGGUUGUGAUGUGCUUGAUUCCAUCUGUGUUUUUGGUGUAUGUCAUGACUGUGGCUACCAAACCUGUUCUUUUGAUUAGCUCUUUGUUAACUCUGGUUGGAAUUGGUUGGUAUUUCUUGAUGAAUCUCUGCAGAUCAAAGAUGUGGUUUCAGUUCAUCAAGGGUGAAAAUCAAUUGGAUAAAGAUGAUCAUGAUGUAUAAAUUAGGUUGAUUGUAUACAACAGCAAAAUAAUACAGAUCUAUGUAUUAUUUCUUCCCUGAAGAAAAGUGAUUCUUUUUGCUA